AUGGACGGACUGUUCACCCUGCUCAGUUUGAGCAUUGUCAUGGCGUUGGCCUCUUUUCUUGCCGGCAUCCUCCCUUUGUCACUGUCACUAUCCACAGCGCAGUUGCGUCUAAUAUCAACCAUCGGGAUGGGCGUCUUGGUCGGCACUUCUCUGGUUGUCAUCAUUCCAGAAGGGGUGGAAACUCUCUCAAGUGCUUCUGAGGUUGGCCACUCUCAUCGCAAUGUGAAGAGACACAUCUUGUCGCAUGAAGCAGACAUUCGCUGGGCCAGCCACCUUGCACCAGAUAAUCGGUAUAUGGUCGCCGCACGUUCGACUGAUGACGGGUCCAGCCCUUUCAACGUACCCGGGCCUGUCAUCCCCUCAGCCAUGGACCCCCCACCGCGAACUCCUACGAAGCCUGGGGUGGUUGGCAUAAUGGAGACGGAAGCGGAGGAUGGAGAUGAUAAGACAUUGGACCAGGGACCUGGGGCGAAAGAAGACCAUGAUGACUCUGAACAUGCAUGGAUUGGCGUGGCUUUGCUGGCGGGGUUCAUGCUUAUGUAUUUGAUUGACAAGGUACCGCAAUACACCCGACCGUCAAAGCCAAAAACAAGAACACAUCAUAUUGCCUUGAACAACCUCGGCCGCCGGUUCAACCUGACCACGUCUCUGGACCGGGAUGAUGAGGCAGACACUUUCUUAGACUCCCCAGAGGGGUCCCGAGUACGGAGUCGGAGCUUUGCAACUACCAUUGGCCUGGUCAUUCACGCAGCUGCGGAUGGAAUCGCACUAGGAGCCUCAUCUACGACCACGAAUUCUGGAUUGAGUUUUGUGAUUUUCUUUGCGAUCAUGAUUCACAAGGCCCCUGCGGCCUUUGGUCUGACCUCCGUCCUGCUCAAGCAAGGACUAUCUAAACGCACAGCUCGGUACUAUCUUGUCCUUUUCAGCCUCGCUGCACCUACAGGUGCUGUACUUACCUGGCUACUGGUCCAUAUGCUGGGUGGAGGCCGCAGUCACAGUGCCGAGAAUACGACCUGGUGGACUGGAAUGUUGUUGCUGUUCUCCGCCGGGACUUUUCUCUAUGUUGCCAUGCAUUCCAUGCAUGACACAUCAAACUCUCAUUAUGAGCCCGUCAACGGGCAGGCCAAUGGCUAUGUGGAUGGACGCGAUGCCCCAGCAAAUGAGCCAAAACCGUCUUGGAUCGAUCUUGGGGCAGCAUGCUUUGGAAUGAUUUUGCCCUUGUUCUUGCAGGUUGGACAUGCACAUUGA